AUGCUGGUGGACGAUUGCGGCAGCGCGAUGGGGUGGACUUCGGCCAGCGUUCGCGGGGGUUGGUCCACCCCUGGCGGAUGCAGAAAUUCAGCGAUGAGCUUCAGCGGAAGUGUCCCCUCCCUUCAUCCUGCUGGCUCGAUAAGAUCGUUGCGAUCACAGCAUUCCAUGCAGGGCGUGCCAGAAACACCUCGAAGAUGUUUGCACUGUCACCCGGUACAUGUGCCGAGCACACCGAACAAUUACGUACAUCAUCCAAUGCAGUAUUACACGCCGAGCCAUUGUCCCGAGCCCAGGAAUGGUGUGUACACUCCUCAUCGGGGCAAUUCUUAUCAUGGCGAUACUCGAAUGCGUUACAUGGACGUUGAUGAGGGUAUCGCGGCCAACAACAAUUGGAUGUUGGGUGACCUGAGGAGUCUUCAUCGUUGUGUGCCCACUUUACGUCGUUCAGGCAUAGACGUCUCUGGCAUGCGAACACAUUUCUAUCCGGAGGGUGGUUGGGGGUGGCUGGUCUGUGCCGCCGGUUUCCUCGCCCUGUUGCUCACCACGGGAAUGCAGCUCGCUUUCGGGCUUCUUCAUGUUCACGCAGCUCGACACUUUGGCGAGGAACACCUCAUGGAUCUGGCAUGGGUGGGAGCAUUGAGUGCUGCGGUUUCUCGUGGUUCUGCUCCAUUGGUUGUUGGCGCGUGUCGUCGAGGAAGUACAAGGCUUACGGCUGUGAUUGGCGGUCUUGUGUUGGCAUUGGCCUCGCUCUUCACUUCGUUCGCUGUUGAACUGCACCAGGUACUUCUUAGCUACGGUGUGGUGCUGGGAACCGGUGCUGGACUCGUAAGGGAAACUGCCGGACUAGUGCUGGGACAUUACUUCAGGAAACGACGGGAGUUCGUCGAGAUGGUGGUGCAAGCUGGCACUGGGGUGGGAAUAGUACUCUUCAGCGUCUUCUACAGGGAAGCGGUCGGAAAGCUGGGCUGGGAGCGUGGUAUGCAGUCUGUAACUGGAGCUCUCUCGUUGGCCUUCUUCCUGGGUUUGAUUUACAAGAGUGCCUCCCUCUAUCAUCCUCAACGACGAGCCAUGUUACACCUGAAAAAUCAACGUGGCAAAGUGAAAGAGAAGAAGUCCGCUACCAGGGUGCCCAGGCAACCAUGGGUAGACCUCAGCCCUCUGGGUAGUCGUCCCGUCAGGAUGUUAAUGUUAGCUGCAGGAGCUGCUGGUUUCGGCCUUUAUACUCCAGCCUUUUACAUCGCUGUGCAGGGCCACAAAGACGGUUUAGAGGCCAGUGCUGUGGUGCUUUUGCAGACUUGCUUGGGUUUGGCAGCAGCCCUCGGUUGUGCGGCUUGGGGAGUUGUAACCGCUAGACCAUCUGCGCAGUGUCUGGUGUCCAGGCAAUACCUCUGCCAGGCGGCGCUCCUAGGAGUCGCUAUAGCUCAAGUGGCACUGGGCAGUGUGCAAGGUUACCACGGACUGGUCUUGGCGUCCGGACUCUAUGGCGCCUCUCUCGGUGGGGCUCUUUAUUCUCUGAAAAUGCUGGCUCUCGAAAGACUGAGGGCGAGACACUUUGCACGAUCCUGGGCGCUCGUACAAGCUGCGGAAGCUCUACCUAUUCUUCUCGGAGUUCCUCUUACUGGUUACAUGAACGCGAACAGCCCAAGGGUGGGUUACUACGCGUGCACUUUAAGUUCCUUGUGCGGUGCAGCGUUACUUUUCCUGGUCGGUUGGGGUCGACAACCAGUAUCACCGGUUCUACCAGGGUCCCAUCUAUCGAGCGUGAACGUCCCGCCACCCUGUGCCUGUCCACCGCCACCCAGGCCCAGGUUACCCAAGUCUCAGUCUCUUCACGUGCCGUUAGACGUCGAGGAGAACCUACGUGAGAGGGAGAUGGAGAGGAUGCACACUGCCGAUCAUUAUUAUCAGCCACAGUUCUACGGACCUCUGAGACCCAGCAAGAGCGUACCAGAGGGUCUUAGUCAUCAGGACUCCUACAGGAGUCGACCGAGACGUCAUCGGGACGUCACGGUGAUCGAGCAGAUCACUACUAGCGUCUAAUAGAUCGAUUCGAGGAAAAGAUACAGAUAAAGUUCGGAGAUACGGUGAUACUUAGCUGUGAUUAAAUGUUCAAGUACACAGCAGUUGUUGGUUGUUGUACCCUUUGGUUGGGUCUAAGAUUAUUGUUUAGAUCGUGGAAAAUAAUGAUAGGGAGUCAUAGAUCAUUCGUGACAUUUCGUACGAGUCCUUUGGAUCACUGACAAACAGGAAACUCGAAGGAAGGUGAAAAGACUAGCAUCAGCGGGAAGACUCGAGGAACUUUACGACCUCGAUGGAGGAUUUUUACGAGCGUACAGAAUUCAGGACACUACUGCCUUCACGGAAACAUAAAAUCGUGUGAGGAAAAAGAAAUCUCGAGAGGAUGUUUCUUGUUUGUAGUCGAAUCAUUCGUUUACCUACUUCGAUGUCGUUCUUUGCUUCUCAAUUACACUCCUGUUCGUAUAAGUCGUCUGACACUUGAUAAAUCUAGACGUUUCUCUAUCUUAAAUAUUAGGGAUGUACGGGUACCCGAACCUCAGGUCGGGUCGGGUCGAAUAAUAGUUCGCUUGAGUCGGGUAAUGAUCGACUUUUUUAUCACAUAAUAAUUUCGGGAUUCGAAUAUCAACUUGGUACCCGAACUGCCCUCAAGACUCGAAAUUUAAUUCGAGAGCCAGCACUGCAUUUUUCAGAUCUACCUUAAAUUCUUAAGUUUGAAAGUAUUUCUAUUAUCGUAUAUGCAUAAUCGGAUGUAAUUAAGUUCAGCGUCUCGAGUUAAUUUUCGGUCCCGUACACCCCUGCUAAAUACCUCUUUAUUAAAAUUUGAUGAUACAAAUGAAUUACGUUAAUCAUUACUAUUUAUUUUUGUUAAUUUAUGCAAGUGUCCAAUGACUCAUGCAGGAGGGUGUACAUUUCCAAUAUUGACGAUUAACCUCCGUUAAACCGAAAGCUCAUUACGUCGCGCUAUUUCCAUAGAACCCCAUUAAGGUUGAUAUUGCUCUCUAAAAUUCGACAAUUAUCGCACGGUUUCCUGGAAACUGCAUAAUCCCAGGCUGGGUCUGGUUCGGUUAAUCGAGACGAUCUUUUGUGCACGCAAUAUCCGUGAACAAUACGAGCCGCUAUUAUCGUCGACUGUGUUCGAACGCGCACACGUUUCUGUAGAGGACGGUUGACGUUGAAAUCUCGCGUCAUCGGAAAUUCUAUUGAGCCGAAUCGGUAGAUGGACCGAUUGGCAGAUGCCAGGCCAACGGUGCGUGUCAACAUGGUCGCGUAUAAGAUUACGAGCGGUCGAGUUACCCGGAUCGCGUUUGACUACCGGGAAAUUUCGAAUUUAACACCUAUCACCAUUGUUUGUCGGGUAGCAUGGUUUCAAACGUUUGGAUACUACGCGAUACCGGAAGUGGAUGGCUUUUGAUGAACGAGCACCAACCACGUGGAACUUUACGUGUGAUUUUGAUCUGCUUUUGUAGAUCGAUGAUAUAGGAAUCUCUGUUGCUGUAUGGAGAAUAUCCGAUGAUUAUUAAAAUUGUAUGAUUUCAAUUAUCGUUGAAUUUAUUGGGUAUUUUGUUUAUGUUUAAAGGAUAUUAGUAGUUGGUAGUGUUAUGUGGGUACCCGAAUAAAUUUAUGUGCUGACGAACUUUUCGGACCUUGUCCAACUCGACUCGACUCGAUCAUUACCCGAUUCGAUUCAAGACUUAUUAUGGUAAUUAAAAAUUUUAUUUAAGAAAAUAAUUACUGCCAGAGGAAUAAUAUUUUACAUGCAACAACAGAGAUUCAUAAACUGUGGUCAUGAAAUGAUUAAAUCAAAAUCAGAUAAAGUAUUAAACCCCUUUUCAAAGAAAAGGAUCCUGAGAUUAAAUUAAAUAUAAGAUGUUAAUCAAAAUAAUUAUUAAAUCCAAAGGUGAGAAAGAUGAAUAACGAGUGUUCAGGGAAACGAAUCAUAGACUGUUGACGUAUCAUGAAGAGGUUUUAUGUUCUUCACCAAUUAACGGCGAAGAAAUGCUAUUAAUAAAAUGUAAAUGGAAUUUAUAUAUAGUCUAUCUGAUCUAUAAUAAUAAGUUAGGGAAAUACAUUUAUUCGUGUUAAUGAUUUUCUUAGUUACAUUGUUAUUACGAGGGAAGUAUCUAUUCAUUAAUUAAUCACUGUACACCGUUUUAGUUAAUUUAAUAUUAAAAAUUGAGAAAAGGAGCUGCAUCGAAAGUAAAUUAAAACUUUUUAACAUAAUUAAUGUCUUUCUGUUGUGAUCACCAAUGGAUUGAUAUUUCUCUCUGGUGUGUGCUCACAAAAAUAACACUUAGAGACUUAAAAAAUUGAAUUGAAAGUUUUAUGUUGUUAGAAGAAAAGAUAUAUACAUAUGUAAAGAAGUCGGAGCUGGUCUUCGUCUCUGUUCGUCGCACGAAUCGUUAGAAAUUUCCUUUUGCGUUUUCUAAUAUACAGUAGAAACCUGGAAAGUAAGUACAACUUAGGAACAAUUAUACGCAUAUUGUAAUCUAUAAGAGAAGAAAAAAAAAAAAAAUUAAUCAAAAAGGCUCUCGUCUCGAAAAAUCAGCUGUAAUUUGUGCAUAUACAAAGGUUCAAUUAUAGUCUCUAUUAGAGAGAACAACUGUAACUUUUAUCCAAGUAUUUGAAAAAUGAGAAACAGACUUCGUAAAAAAUAUUGUACACUCUGUAACAAAUAUUCUACUCAUCAUUCAUUGAACGUUGUCUCGAAUUCUGAUAGAAAUUCCAGUAUUCUAUGAAAGAGAAAUUUCUUAUCGACUGAUUUUCAAGUCAAUAUCAACGUUUUACCGGUGCCUUUCGUUCUGUGAUUAAAGAAAAUUAAUAUUACUUUGAAUUUCUAACUCAAACAGCCUUUCAAGCUACUAUAUCUUUAAAAGAUUAUUUUAAACUAAAGUUACUCUAAAAGUUAGUUUGUUAAUUUAUUCAAAAUGAACUUGAAGAGUCUGAAAUAGUAGUUCUUAAUUGGCAAUUAUAAUUUAAAGAAAAUCGCAGAAGUAAUGAAAUAAAAUUAUUAUAGAAAUGAUGGUACCGGUUAAAAUUAUAAAUCUUUUAUUCCUAUUAGUGUGUAAAACAGAGGCGUCAUGUUAAUGAUGCCUUUUCCUAAUUAUGGAGCUUUGUCGCCUCCUUCCUUCUUUUUUAAUGAAUAAAAAAAUGUUAUUUAUACGUACACAUAGUAAUCAAAAAACAAUAGUAAAAGAUUUUACUUCUUUUUCUUUAUUAAUGUAAAUGUUUGUGAUAAUGUAAACAGUGUGGAGCAAAGCAGGCUUCCACAGGGAAAAUGGCUAUAUAGGGGAAGUAAAAAUGAAUUUUAAUUUUGACGAUAUUAAUACUAAAAGUAAUUUAGAAAAGGAAUAAUAUAAUUUUCAAUUAUUAAAUAUCAUAUUAAAUCGUAGCCAAAGGGUUAAUUUGUUGUAAUUUUUAAUUCUGAAUUGUAAAAUCUGGUAUUAUAUGCCCCUAAGCCAGCAUUUGGUUUCACAAGAGUUACCAUAUUCUACUUGACGCCUCUGGUGUAAAAGAAAGAUCAAUGAUAAGACUUUGAUACGGUAAUUGGAAAUGGUAAAAGUGAUUAGUACCUGAUUUCGCUUAGGUAGAAAAACGACACGAAAAAGAAAUUGUUAGUUCGUCUGAAAGAUCCCAAAACUAUUUACAACACUCUUCGUUAAUUCUCUAUGGUGAAUUAUUUGUAUACUGCCAAUUUUUAUAGAAUAUCGUUAAAUAUUCUUCGAUGCACUCGAUCUAAAUGUAAUUCCAUGGAAAGCGUAAAAUAAUUCCACGAACCAACUGAUACAUCUUAGAAUUAAUUACGUACACGUGUUUUUUCGACAAUUUACUGUAUUCGAAUGGAAACGAAACCGAAGACACGGAUUUCAAUAUUCUUAAAGUCUAUCUUUAAUUACUAGACAAUGAAUUUUUCGAAUUUUGAGAUCCUUCAUUUUCGAUUAAAAUUCCAAACGAUUUAAAAGAAACGUAAGAUUUCGAGCUUCUUUUUAUAAAGCAUGUACAAUACUUCCCUUCUUAGCACCAAUUCUACCUGACCAGAGUCUUUUUUAAUCUUUGCGAAUUUUCGAAAAAAGUUGCCUGUCUAUGGUACUUUGACAGUCACAAGCUUUGGAACAGAAUUUCGAGCUACGAUUCUAAAGAAGGCAAAACCAGUUUUAUACCUCGUAGCAACUUGGAAAGAUUUUUUAAAAAAUAGACCACUUUCUCUUCCGAUUUCCAUUCGUGUAAUUACUAUUUUUAUUAUUUACUAUAACGUGACUAAAUGUACGCUUAAGAGUUAAAGUGAGACUAUCGAGGAGGUAGAAGUGAAAGAAGCGAUUCGAAUGAUGGUUUAUCGAACCCUUUCGCUACUGAAAAUCAUUAUAUCUAUUGAAUUUUCAUGAACAUUAAUAGAAGAUUAUACUCGUUUGUCUUUUGAGAGGACAGAAUAUUUAUUUCUAAUUUACUUAUAUUUAAUUUAGAGAGCGAAGAAAGUGAAAACCGACUGAAACUAUUACAGUAUUAUAAAACUACCUCUCUAAAUGGCACAAAUUUGGGUGGCGCCUUGCCACUUAGAGAGGUAUUCAUUUUAGAUUUUAUUUCUAAUUUAUGUAUUUUCGAUUUGGUGAAUGAUGAAAGCGAGAACGACUGAGAAUAUUAUAGAGUUACGUAUUACCUUUAUAAAUGGCAUAAACUUGGUGCCUUGCCACUUAGAGAGGUAUUUAUUUUAAUAUUUAUUUCUAAUUUACUUAUAUUUAAUUUCGAGAGUGUGCAACGUGCAAACGACUGAAAAUAUUGCAGUAUUAUAAUCUUACCUUUGUAAAUGGCAUAAGCUAAGAUCCACAUUGUACCUCUUAGAGAGGUAUUCAUUUUAAAAGUUAAUAGUGUUACCUAUCCUCCAGUUUGCUUAUUUUUUAUUUGAUCAGCGAUGAAAAUGAAAUAUAGCGAAAACGACUGAAAUAUUAUAGUAUAACUUCUGUAAAUGGCAGAGGCUUAGGUCAGCGCUUUACCCUUUAGAGAGGUAUUCGCUCUAGCAUUUGACGGUGUUAUCUAUUCUUCAAUUUUAUUAAUGAGAAAAGUGAUAGAGGCAAUCCAAUAUAGUCUAAUUAAAAAUAUAUGCACUAUUUGGCCGAAAUAAAGUAGCGAAAGGGUAAAAUAAAAUUGUUUGUUCACUAUGAACCACUGUAUAGACUGACGGUAUUAGAAUUUUGAAAUAAAAAAAGAAGGGUGAAGACUUGCCAACAAGUAUUUGCACAAUUACGAUAGACUUCGAGAUGGAAAGUCAGUUGGACAUCGACUUUCCCGAGACUCUUGUUUAGGUGUAUUUCGAAGAAUUCUCUUUGAUAAAUGAUGUACACAUAUACAUACACAUACACGAUGUAUACUUAAUUCUUGUGAAAGGCUUGAUGCAAACCGGCGUUCACGAAACUCGUGACUUCUUUACGUUUUAAACGGGACAAUGGCACACGAAAAGGUCUCUCAAUUACGAAGCGUUGAGCAUUUUGUAAAAGUUUUAUAAAUAGUUCUAUGUAGUUGAACAGCUGGACCAAUAAAGUGUAUAUCCGAUUGUACGGAUCAAUUAAUUUCACUGCUUCCCAUUUUAUAUAUUGUGCGCCUUGAAAACAGGAAUGUGAAAAGUGAGAUGAAACGCGUUCUUUAUUUUAAAAUAACCGCCAAGAAUUUUCUUCUGGUGCACUCUAUAAUUAAAAC